AUGAUUAUAUUAGAUACAUUGAUAAUUAUUACUUGUAAUAAUCAUAAUGUGUGUAGUUCACACUUAACAACUAAUUCUGUGUUAUACAACUACUACUACCAGUGUAAUAUCACAUGUCAACAUUGGUCAACACUCCUUAUAAUCUUCUCCCCCAUUUCGACAACAUACUCACUUCCUACAUACACUUUAUCAUCAUCAUCAUCAUCAUCAUCAUCAUCAUCAUCAUCAUCAUCAUCAUCAUCAUCAUCAUCAUCAUCAUCAUCAUCAUCAUCAUCAUCAUCAUCAUCAUCAUCAUCAUCAUCAUCAUCAUCAUCAUCAUCAUCAUCAUCAUCAUCAUCAUCAUCAUCAUCAUCAUCACUGUCCUCAUCAACAUGUUGA